UCAACACUGCGGCCCCGCAGAAAACUGUUCGAGAAAAAGGUGAAUCCUACGCGCACCAAAUAUGCCCAGUGCUUAGUCAGCGUUCCAGCCCGGGCAGAGUAAGUGUAUUUAUCCCAAAAGGUAUUCCUAAUUCAAAUUCACAAUUGGUCGUCGCAAUCGCUCCAAAAUGUCCCCGUCGGAAACGUGUGAGGACCUGAAGGCAUUUGAACGACGGCUGACGGAAGUGAUUGCCUGUCUGCAGCCGCCGACCCUACGAUGGAGGCUGCUGCUCGGUGUCACCGCGUUAGUGACCUGCGUCAGUGCAUUUUACUGGCUAACAGACCCGCGGACCUCCGUCGUGCCGCUGAUGGAUUCGCUGCUGAACCAUGGCAUUUUUACCAUCUCAACCCUCUUCCUGUUGGUUCUGUUCAUGUUCGGCAUCCACAAGCUGGUGAUUGCGCCGCAAAUCAUCACAUCACGCACGAGGAACGUACUGGCCGAGUUUAACAUGUCCUGCGACGAAACGGGCAAGCUGAUCGUGCGUCCCAGACCGACGAACAACUCUCGCUACAUGGAUAUGAGUUAAGAUGGCGAAAUUCGUGCCCCGUACGUAAAGCACAUCAUCAUUACCUGCUUGCCACGCGUCGCUGUAAAUAGAGGAUAAAACUACCCAUCUUCAUCCA